AAUAUCAAAUUAAUCUGAAAUUUCCAUUUUGCUAAUUCCGUUUGUGGCAAAAGUCUUCCGAUGGGAAAAAACGAUCACGAUCGCUGUCCGUUUUUAUUUCCCUCAGCCAUCUAUGCCUCUCCAUCUUCUUCUCCGUCGUCAACAACAUCACCUCCGUCAUCGCCACCGCCAACUUAUUCCAGCAGUACUCAUUCUUCUACUCGUCAAUCUUCUUCUUCGCUGAGUAUUACGUCUCCUUUCACAUAUCCUUCAACUGCACAAUUUUCUUCAACGGCCGACGACGGCGCAAAUCUUAAUCGGGAUGAAAUUAUGGUUGAUGGAGCCACCGAUACCAUCAAUUUUCUGCAGGAACCAAUUGAAGAAGCAAAGAGAAGAUAUAGAGGAGUAAGACAGAGACCAUGGGGCAAAUGGGCAGCUGAAAUAAGAGAUCCUGUGAAGGCAGCUAGGGUUUGGUUAGGCACUUUUGACGCAGCUGAAGAAGCAGCAAGAGCUUAUGAUGAAGCCGCCCUUAGAUUUAGAGGCAGCAAAGCUAAGCUAAAUUUCCCUGAAAAUGUCAAUCUCAGGCCGGCUACUACUUCCAUUCCAAUGGCUACUCAGUGGGCCAUUUCUGAUUCUUCAUGUACCCGUUUUUCUGUUCCGGAUUCUACUCGGCCAAUAAUUCACUCUCAUCAAGGUGAUCAUGGCCGUAUGCAGGAUCCCGGGAGAGGCGUUGAUGAUAAAGAAAAGGGAGAUGCGAGUUUGCCUUAUUUCCCUUCUGAGGAUCCCCACAAGUUUGCCAUUGUUGAUAAGGUUUUUGGUGCUGCCAAUGUCAGCAAAAUGUUGCAGGAGGUACCAAUACAUCAAAGGGAAGAUGCAGUGAGUAGUUUGGUGUAUGAAGCAAAUGCAAGGGUAAGAGACCCAGUUUAUGGAUGUGUUGGAGCAAUAUCUCUUCUGCAAAAUCAGGUAUCACAGCUUCAAAUGGCGCUAGCAGUGGCUCAAGCAGAGAUAUUAUGCAUUCAGAUGCAGAGUAAUCAGCCUCCACUACCCAAGAAUGAUAAAACAGAUGAUGACAAGUCAUCAUUUCUUAAUGAUCAUCAGAUUAGUCUCCCUCAUUCUCAUCAGUACCUUAAUUUCCUCUUCUAGCAUUGUACAUUAUUUCUUAAUCAAGAUGACUUUAUUGGCUACCUAAA